GUAUAACUAGAUUUCUCUCUGUAGCCCAGAGAGAUGUUCUCAGUGAGCAGCUGUGUGCCCUGGAUCUCUUCAAGACCCAGAAUUGGGGGAAAGCACCCUGACCUAUACAAUGACGGAAGACAAGAAGUUCACUGGAACCUUGCUCUUGGCUGUCUUCACUGCUGUGCUGGGCUCCUUCCAGUUUGGAUACAACAUUGGAGUGAUCAAUGCUCCCCAAGAGAUAAUUGUGGCCCAUUAUAGGGCUUUACUGGUUGAACCUCUGCAUGAAGAGUUGUUUUACAACUCUACAGUUGUGUACACGCCCACUGAGCAGACAACAACUAGUUAUGAAGAAAACGAAGUUGAUCCAGACCCAGCUGUUCCCAUUGUCACCAUGUAUUGGUCCUUGUCUGUGUCCAUCUUUGCAGUUGGCGGAAUGAUCUCCUCAUUCUUUGGUGGAUCGCUAGGGGACAAAUUAGGAAGAAUUAAAGGAAUGCUGGCUGCAAACAGUCUCUCAUUGAUUGGAUCUCUCUUGAUGGCAAUAGCUAAACUUGGACCAUCUCACAUUCUUAUCAUCGCAGGUAGAUUCAUCUCAGGAAUAUAUUGUGGUCUUGUAUCAGGAUUGGUCCCGAUGUAUGUUGGUGAAAUUGCUCCCGUGUCCCUCCGAGGUGCUCUGGGGACCUUACACCAGCUGGCCAUUGUCACAGGGAUUCUCGUCAGUCAGAUCAUUGGACUUGACUUUAUCCUAGGCAAUGAUGACAUGUGGCCUGUACUGCUUGGCAUAGUGGCGGCACCCGCUGUCCUUCAGUGUUUGUUACUCUUCUUCUGUCCAGAGAGCCCGAAAUACCUUUACAUUAAUCUGGGAGAAGAGAACAAAGCCAAAAUGAAUUUGAGAAGGCUCAGAGGAGGCACUGACCCCACUAAGGAAAUCACAGAGAUGAAAAAGGAGAAGGAAGAAGCCGCCAAGGAGAAGAAAGUUUCCAUCAUUCAGCUUUUCACCAUGGCCACCUACCGGCAGCCCACCACUGUGGCCCUGAUGCUGCACCUGGCUCAGCAGUUUUCUGGGAUCAACGGGAUCUUUUAUUAUUCUACUAGUAUUUUCCAAACAGCCGGCGUGGGACAACCCAUUUAUGCAACAAUUGGAGUUGGAGCAGUGAACACUGUCUUCACAUUUGCAUCUGUGAUAUUUCUUGUGGAGAAAGCAGGCAGGCGUUCCCUAUUCCUGGUGGGCAUGGUAGGAAUGCUUGUAUGUGCCAUUGCCAUGACGGUGGGACUCGUAUUGUUGGAUCAAUUUAGCUGGAUGAGUUAUGUGAGCAUGAUAGCAAUCUUUCUCUUUGUGAGUUUCUUUGAAAUUGGACCUGGACCCAUUCCCUGGUUCAUGGUGGCUGAAUUUUUCAGCCAAGGACCACGGCCUGCAGCUAUGGCCAUUGCUGCCUUCUGCAACUGGACCUGCAAUUUCAUUGUGGCCUUGAGUUUCCCGUACAUUGCGGAUUUGUGUGGACCCUACAUAUUCGCCCUCUUUUCUGGGUUGCUCCUAGGCUUUACUCUGUAUAUAUUUUUUAAAGUUCCAGAAACCAAAGGAAAGUCUUAUGAAGAAAUUUCUGCAGAAUUCCGUAAGAGGAGAGGGGGUUCUUCUAAAGGACCCAAAACUGCUGUUGAACUUGAAUACCUUGGAGCCAAGGAGAAUGUCUAAAAGAAUCCCUCAGCUGCAAGACAUGGAAGGAAAACUUAUUUUUCAUAUGACUCUUUUAAAGGACUAGGUGCCAAAAUCCUGAAGAAUGGUUUUAUUUUUUUAGGAAAUGUCAAAACCCCAAAGAGGAAUUUUGACUGCUUCUAUUUACAGGACUCUGAUGCAUAUUAGAGUGGCAGGCAAAUAGGUUCUAAUAUUCCUGUCUUCCUAUCUAAUAUGCUCUUACUUGCCUUCAAGACUUGGGUAAAAAAGACCAAGAAAAUAGCAGGAAAAAGACACACCAGAUAUAUUUCUGCUUAGCAAACUAUUCAUUCCUUAGGAAUAUUAUCACGGUAUCACCACAUAUCUAAAGCCACAGCUAAUGGGGCAGCUAGGUGGUGCAGUGGAUAGAGCACUGGCCUUGGAUUCAGGAGGACCUGAGUUCAAAUAUGACCUCAGACACUUGACAUUUACUAGCUGUGUGACCCUGGGCAAGUCACUUAACCCUCAUUGCCCCACAAAAAUAAAAUAAAAUAAAGUAAAGCCACAGCUAACAUGUAUGCAUUUGGCCAUGUGUAAAUUGGAAUUUUCCUAUCCACAGCAUUUGUGCAAAACAGGAUCAAGCAAGUGGUAGCAAGACCCACAAUACAGAACUGUCGUGACCCAAGUCUCAUUUCUUUGAUUUCCCUUCUCCAAAGGUUUUCUUGCAUUUUUAAUUUACUUACUGGCCUAAUUUUACUUUUUGUAUUUUCAUGUACAUUUUUCCAGUACUUAUGUGUGUAUUUUAACAUGUGUUUUUGAAGGAAAAAAGUCUAUUUUCUUAUUUGUAGGUUUAUAAAGGUAAAUCUGUCUUUAAGCAUUUAGCUUAGAUUUUAGACUCAUUAUUUAAGGAAAAAAAAAGUUUUGCUAGGCAGGUAUUGAAAAUGUUUUUCUUAACCAAUGUCAAAAGGAAUGAAUUGUGUUAUCAGCUUACAAAUUUCAUUAAAUAAAACCAGGAGAACUUCCUAAAAAUUAACCAUUUUGAAAUAGGUUUCAGUUUGUCGGUAUACAUUGAACCUGUGGGUUAUGGUUCUGAACCACACUAAAGGGACUAUCCAUUCUCUCUGUCUAAAGAGUAACAUAAAUAACCAAGAGCCAAGGAGGAACUGAGUAAAAGAAACUGUGUCAGCUUAGUAGUAUUCAUGAAUAAAAGAGUAUUUCCAUAUAA